AUGGAGCGCCUAUCGUUAAACGAAAGCCCUGCCCCGGCCCCUCGAACCCCGCAGCAAAAUCAACAAUUCUCCCAGAAUGCCCUUGGCCCAGCAGGCCCCCAGCCUACCGGCGGCCCACCGCAAUUACCCCCGCAGAUGUUCACGACCGCCGCACAGCUGCUUGAUCUAACAGAUAAGAAACUUGUCCUCAUCCUGCGCGACGGCCGCAAACUCAUCGGCGUCCUUCGAAGCUGGGAUCAGUUCGCAAACCUUGUUUUCCAGGAUACUAUGGAGCGCAUCUACGCUGGAAACUUGUACGCCGAUGUCUCGCGCGGUAUCUUCAUUGUUCGCGGAGAGAAUGUGCUCCUACUAGGCGAAGUGGUACGAUCAACUCCUCAACUCCUCAAUUCCCAAUCCCCCAAUCCCCUACUACAAGGUUUAUGGAAGUUACAAGAUAUCCCGGCAAGGAACUCCGCUAACGAAUUCUCAAUUGAUUUGCAGGACCUUGACCGCGAAGACGAUAUCCCGCCCAACCUUACCCGAGCCCCAUUCGAAGAAGUCUUCGCGCUGAAGAAGAAAGAAGAAUCGAAGCGGAAAACAGGCGAUAAGAAGCGCUACGAUGAGCUGCAAGCGCUCGGUUUCGAGCCAGAGCACAGCGGCGAGAUCCUGUUCUAG